ACGAGUGUAUUAGCCUGCCUUGUGUUAAUGGAGGAACAUGCGUGGAUCUUGCUAGUUCAUACGCAUGUACCUGUCUGAUGGCCUACACUGGAACUAACUGUGAGAUGGAUGUGAAUGAGUGCUUAUCAAAUCCAUGCUUAAAUAGUGCAACGUGUAUGGAUAUGUUGGGGUCAUUCCAGUGUCAAUGUCUUCCUGGGUUCGAGGGACCAACGUGCGCUGUAGACACUGACGAAUGUGCAAGUAUUCCAUGUCAGAAUGGCGGAGAGUGCCUUGAUUUUCCGAAUGUGUACAUUUGCAACUGUGUUUCAGGCUUCUCUGGACUAAAUUGCGAAAUAAAUGAUGACGACUGUCGAAAUGACCCUUGCUUAAAUGGAGGUACUUGUGUAGACGGAUCUAGGAGCUUCACUUGUAUUUGUGCACCAGGGUUUACUGGAAAUAUGUGUGCUGUUCAAUUGAACCCAUGCCUUUCAGACCCGUGUCUUAACCAAGGGACAUGUGUCAACAGAGUAACGUCAUUUGAAUGUGCAUGUGCUGUUGGCUUCAUUGGAAUAAUAUGCGAAACAAGGGAUAGCUCUGACAAGACAGGAACAAUAUCCCUGUCGAACCUUACAUCAGAAUAUCCAUGA